UCCGCUAUCGCCAACUGGGCCUCCGACGGGAAGUGUCUUCAUUGCUGCAAUUAGAGACGGCGUCCACACAGAUCCGCUUGUCUCUCGUCUCGCAAGGCCGUGUCGAGAGUCAGGGUAGACAUAAUAUCAGGCGCUCGCCGAAGAGGCAGCGCGCGGCAGUACCGAUAAGCAAACGCCGUAAGAAAGGAAACAUUCCUGCUUAGCUAUAAUGGAGAAUCGACGACCAACGUAUAAGCGUCACGAUGCCACGGGCUGGGUCUUCCCUCGAGACGGUUUCGACUGGUCAGAGUUUGAAGCUGCCUGCAACUUCAAGCCCCGCUCCAGCGAUAUACUGCUCAUGACGUACCCCAAGUCAGGCACCACGUGGGUUCAAUACAUGCUCUACCUGCUCGUCCACGACAUGAAACCAGUGCCUCCGGGACGCCGACUCGACAGCUUCGCUCCCUUCCUGGAGAAAGGGGGCCUCCAACUGCUUGACUCUUUGGAGCGUUCGCCGAGGCCCAUCAAAACGCACCUUUCUUUUGACGUGAUGCCCUGGCGCUCCGAGCCCCGUUACGUCUGCGUUCUGCGAAAUCCAAAGGACGUGUGCGUGUCCCUCUAUCACCAUGUACGCGGCUUUGAAAAGUACUAUCACUUCACAGACGGCAGCUUCGACGACUUCUUUGAGGCCUUCAUAGAAGGAGAAGUGGACUCUGCCGACUAUCAUGACCACCUGUUAUCACUUUGGCGACAUCGGGACAAGGAGAACGUGCUUUUGCUCACUUACGAAAACUUGAUGGAGCGCACCCUUCAAGAGGUCGGAAAACUCGUAGAACAUGUGAGGCCGUGCUUUCCCAGUGACUGGAAGUCUCCAGACAUGGGCUCACUCGUUGCCGCAGCAAGCUUCGACGCUAUGAAAGCGCAACGCCCCGAGCAGUGGGCCAGUACCAGACCGGAGAACAUGCCCGGUUUUAUCCGCCGCGGUCGAGUGGGUGACUGGCGCAACUAUCUCACUGAAGACCAGAACGAGAGACUGGAGAGCAAGUUCGCACGCAAGAUCAAUGGAUCCGGCGCCGAGCUCCUCUGGCCUAAGGAGAUGAAGGGGCCCACGAGCGUGUGAUGCGGUUACAGCGGCAUGAAAGUGUGUAUCCGAACGUAUAGUUGUCCAAGCUUGAGAGAACUAUGUGCAUUUGACAUAAGCGCUUUAAUGCAUUACGCGCCUUGUUCUCCCAUUAGAGUUGUUUCUCUUUAGUAACUAUUGCGAUUAUGUGCGGCUUGUGGUGACGGAAGUGUUCUUGCACAUAGUUUUCUGAAUAUAGUAAAAACCCGUGAAUUCAAACUCACCUAAUUCGAACUUUCCAUUAUAUCAAGCUGAUGUCCUGGCUCCAACACAGGUAUAUGUUCCGGCACAGCCCUAUUGGGGAACAUUCCGGAUAAUUCGAACAAACUGGUAUUCAUUACGCUUAAUUCGAACUGGGAGUCACAGGUUUUGAUCGUGGCAUGCAGAAGUCAGCUCAGAGUUACCACGGUAUGUGGUAAAACCAAAUCAAACUAAAUAAACUAGAGAUGCAAAACGAUGAACAGCACCAUUUCUCAGCAAAUGUAAUUUCUGACGCUGCGUCAGAGUUUUAGUACAAGCCAAAGAUACAAACGACGCUUAGGGUGUCGCGACGGGAUAAGCACUAGCUAAUAGAAACUAUUGAUUGUUGUUGUCUAAUUAACCCUAUUCUGGUCCAAAUAAGAUACAGGGGAUACCCCGAUGACUUUUAAUUUUGUCUGCGUUAUCUCUACCGUAGAAAUAAACGUAUGCUGUAGUAUAAACAGCGUCAUAUAUUGCAAAACUCACUUGAGUGCAUGCCGGUGCUUGUUUCUGGCGUAUCAUUGCCUGAUCAAAUAUUGCUGCUCACUGUGAAACGCUCAAUGAACUUAAUCAACGAAAUCACAUGUGAUUUUGUUUAUUUAUUUAUUUACAAGUACUGCUGUCCCAUGCCUGGGACAUUGCAGGAAGAGGCAUGGGACAGCAGUACUUGUAAAUUAACGUGUAGUAGCGUAUAGUUUGCGAUAUCGAAUCUAGAGGUAGCUUAUUUGGGUUCUGGCCGUGGAGUUCAGUGCAAUGUUAGUACAUUUUAGCGAAUGCCCCCUAAAUCAUACUCAGCUUAUUUCGAACCAUUCUUUAGUGUCCCUUAAGUUUAAAUUAACGCACUCUCACUGUAUUAGACCCACAGUCGGCUUUCCAUCCGGUUUACCACUAAAGUUAUUUAUGCUCUGAGUGCCUAGCGAAUGUACGCGAAGUGUUUGUGAAGUAUUACACUGUGUCACAGCUCCCACUUGCCUGCUGUUAUACAAAAACCGCAUUUUCGCUUCGUAUAUGCUUCUCAGCACUAGUCAUUUCAUACAUAUGUGAAGUAAGACCAAAAGAUAACCCACGUGGUAUAUCUACAUCUUAAAAACGCGCGAAGUGUGACAGAAAACAAAGACGGAGGGAAUGUGUUGUCGCUCUCUCUCUCUCUCUCUGAACCUGUCAUAGUUCGCGCUUGAAGUUUCUGAGAUUUAUAUUUCGAUCUUCCAAGAUGGCGGAAACUCGGCGUUAGUCAUGUUUUGGCUGCAUCGUCAAGGUUGGAUGUGUUAGCGCACGGUACGUAGAGGGAAAGGGAAGGUGCGGGAAACAUGACUUUAUGACUUUGCCGCAAUGUAUACCUAAAGCAGUAGCGUACUUUUGCUUUGUUCUUUGUUGAAAAUAUACUAUUGGGAAAAUUCAAUU